AUGGGUUGGCCUAUUUUGGCCAAGCCAUGGGCAGGUCGAGCUGAGGGCGGAUUGGGGGUUUCAAAAUCUAAGUUCAAGUCCUAUCCAACCUUAGAACAGGCUGGGCCAAAGAGACCUAACUAUCAAGUCAGACCAAACUUUGACCCAUUGGAUCUCGGGCUACUUACUUCGGCUUGCGUGCUGUAG